AUGAAAGACAAUAACUCAUUGGUUGGUUGUCAGUUCCUGAUACGGCAGAUUACUUAUGAUUCAAUGAUUGUGCAGGUAUUGGUGUUUGUCUGUAUUUGUAUUAACUUGUUGCUCAUCGUAACCUUUUUUAAAAAGGACUGCUUUCACACAACUGCACGCUAUAUCUUGUUUGCUCUUACACUUCUGACUGACAGUUUUCUGUUAUUAAUAUCCGAUGUUCUGCUUAUUAUUAACUAUUAUAGAAUUACAAUGCAAAUGUGGUUAUGCAUCAUUAUCACUAUUUUUGCACUUUUUUACUUUUUCAUUACACCAGUGACUCUGACAGCAAUGACACUGGAGCGUUAUGUUGCCAUUUGCAUGCCCCUGCAUCAUGGAGUGCUGUGCUCCACUCGCAGAACUAUGCACUGUAUCCUUAUCAUCCACAUCAUCAGCUCUUUUCCCUGUAUUGUUAUUCUCUCUCCCUUUUUUGCAUCCAUUCCUGAUAGUUUCUUCAGAAAAUGUGCUUUUUGCUCUGUGGAGACUUUCAUGUUACAAAGAUGGCACGAGCAUCUUAGAUCAGGCAUAAGUCAGUUUUACUUUUUAAUCAUGUGUAUUGUCAUUGUAUUCUGCUAUGUUAAAAUAAUGAAAGUGGCCAAAGCUGCAUCAGGAGAGAAUAAAAAGUCAACUGGUAAAGGCCUCAGAACAGUGGUUCUUCAUGCUUUCCAGUUGCUCCUCUGUCUCAUCCAGCUGUGGUGUCCUAUUAUAGAAAAUGCUGUCCUUCACAUUGAUGGCAGACUAUUCCAGAAACUCAGAUAUGUUAACUACAUAAUCUUUAGUCUUUUUCCAAGAUGUCUGAGUCCUUUAGUUUAUGGACUCAGAGAUGAAACAUUUUUUCAUGCAUUGAAAAGUGUCUGCCCCAGGGUCUCCUCCUGGUUGGACAUGUCUGAAACACCUCACCAGCGACCACCUCAUUAUCCUGAUGAGAUGCCCAAACCACCUCGACUUGCACCCUCUAUAAUGUGGCAGAGUAGUGACUUUACUCUGAGUUCUUCCGAAUGA